GAAGAAGGCUGGUUUGACCAGCCGAAAUAUAGUGCUCCGUUUAAAACUUAUCCACGUGGUCUUGGUCUUGCCUCUAUAUUUAUUGACAGAAUCUUCAAUCUAUACUUUGUGUGACUGACUACUAAACACUUCGCCCACGCAACGCCUCGAUGAACAUUAAAGGCGCAUGCAGUCACAGAGGAACGAACAAACGAACGAACGAACGAACGAACGAACGAACGAUCGCAGCAAUGGCUUCACCUCGCGUGGUUUUAAUCUCGGGUUGCUCCACUGGCAUAGGUCUGGAAACCGCUGUGCUUUUAGCCAAAGAUCCUGAAAAAAGGUUUAAGGUGUAUGCUACGAUGAGAAACCUGGACAAAAAGACGGCCCUAGAGAGCGAAGGAAAGGACGCACUUGGCGAUACAUUGUUUAUCAAAGCCAUGGAUGUGAGCUCUGACGAAUCUGUCAAAAGUGCCGUUGAGGAGAUAAUUGCUCAAGAAGGAAAAAUCGAUGACCUUGUAAACAAUGCUGGUGUUGGUUGUGUCGGUGUACUGGAGUGUAUGCCUAUGGAUCAGGUCAAACAAUUAUUUGAAGUGAAUUUUUUCGGAGCUCUUCGUUUGAUCCAGGCCGUACUCCCUAGCAUGAAAGCGAGAGAAAGCGGCUACAUUGUGAACGUCAGUAGCAUGGCUGGGGAGUUAGGCGGACCAUUUAACGACAUUUACUGCGCUUCAAAGUUUGCUCUGGGAGGACUCACAGAGUCACUGGCACCUGUGUUAAGGCAGUUCAAAAUCAAUAUCUCAUUGGUGGAGCCCGGACCUGUUGGCACCGCGUUCGUCGGCAACAUAAACAACUUCGAUUCCUCCACCGCUGACCAAAAAACGCUACAACUGAUGAAGAAUUGGUUUGACUACAUAAAGGAGGCACUCGGCCCGUCAAUCAUUCAGAAAGUGGAGGAGAUUGCCCAAUGCAUCAAAGAAAUUCUUCUUUCAGAGAAACCUCACUAUAGAUAUUUGACCAAUGAUAAAUGUUUUGUCGAACAAAUAAAUGCUAAGCUGGUCGAUUUUUCUGGCGACAGGCUCUUAGAAGUUAUGGAAAAAUAUUGCUUCGGUCAAAAUAAGUGAAAGACUAAAACGGGAAAUGGUAACAAUGCCAUUAUUAUCUUUUCACACGACAAGUGCGUUAGGUUUUUGUGUUAGGAGUAACGUUGUGAUAGUAGCCCAUCGAUUCGGUCUUAGAGCUAAAAGAAGAAAACAUUCUUUAGAAUAAAGCAAAGCAGUAUGGUUAGUGACUAAGAAGUAGAAGUUUUAUGCGAUAUAAUUUGUUAGUUGGAAAAAAAUGUACUGUAAAAUGAUUCCUGUAAGAAGAGAUUCCUGAUUAAAUGGGCAUUUGUUAUA